GCGGCCGGGCCGGGGAUCUAGGUGGUACCUCGCGGAGGCGCUUCCCGAGAGUGACGCGCAGACUCAGCUCCCCCGCGGCCCGCCCUCCCGCCGGCCUCGCCGCGGUCUCCCUCGCUCCCUGAGAUCGCUGAGCGCUGAACAGCGGCCCGGGGAGGAGGCCUCGGGCGACGCGGCGCGGAGAGGGAGGGCGGGCGGGCAGUGGGAGCGCCGCGGGUCUCUAUAUGGCGACGGCUCUGUCGGGUCUGGCUGUCCGGCUGUCGCGCUCGGCCGCCGCCCGCUCCUAUGGGGUCUUCUGCAAGGGGCUGACCCGCACGCUGCUCAUCUUCUUUGACUUGGCUUGGCGGCUGCGCAUCAACUUUCCCUACCUCUACAUCGUGGCUUCCAUGAUGCUCAACGUGCGCCUGCAGGCUCACGAAUUUGACUAUAUUGACAGACCUGGGAGCCUCAGGGAUCUUCAUGUCUCUAGUAAUGCUCCUGUGUCCAGCUCCCCAGUGCUGGGAUUAUAAGCAUGUGACACCAUGCUUGGUUUUUUCCUGUGUAUUCUGGA